AUGAAAAUGGGUAGAAUCGUCAGUGGUCAUAAAUCUCAAGAUAGUCCUAAUACGAAUAUGUUGAAAAGUUCAGAGUCUAUGAAUAAAUGGAAAAUCCCACAUUAUUAUAAAAGAUUCUCAAAUAACAGUCCUAACCAUCACCAUUCAUCAUCAUCAUCAUCAUCUUCUUCUUCUUUUUCUGCCACUACUAGUACUACUACCAAUAACAAUAAUCACAUACAAGAUGGUUCCUUCUAUAAAAUUGGUAAUGUACCGAACAUGCAAUCUCCUUCUGCUCUAGGUAUUAUAAAUAGUCCUAAAAGAAUAGUGUUGGAAAGUCGACCUAGAAACAAAUCCGUUUCUUCAGUGUCUUCAACUAAUUCAGUCAAGAAAUAUUCAAAGAAGAAAAACAAAAAUGAUAUGGUAUUUGUUAACUAUACUGUGCAAGACACUGCAGAUAAUAAAAAUGCUUUGCAGCAACUAACACCGUCACAAUCAGCAACUGAGGCAUUUAAGAACGAAACUGUAUCUCCCAUAAUAAAUGAAUUCCCACAACAGUCCCAACAACAACAACAACCUUUUCCGAUAUCACAAAAAUUAUAUAGAAAACGAAUGUUAAAAAUUUUUGGCUCUUCCAAACAUCAAAAAUCAGUACCGAUUUUACAUCAUAAUACUACUGAUGAAGCAUCUGUAGCUUUAGAAAGAUCUUUAUCAGGUUCUAAUCUCUACAAUUCCAACGGUAUUGGUAAAAAAUCUUAUAAUGCAUUUCUUAAAUAUGAUAAUUUAAACUAUCAUAAUAAUGACAAUACUACAGCUGUCAAUACAACAAAUACUACUAUUAAUUACAAUAAUAAUAACAACAGUAAUAACAAUAAUAAGGUUUCAAUUAGUGAGAAUACAUCAACUUUAAAUGAAAUAGAUAUUUCUAAUAUGGAAUAUGUUCCAAAAUCUAAAAAUGAUCCAACUUUAGCUCAACCACCCACAACUUGUAAAUCAAAACUGAUCCUGAAUAGCAUGAAUAAUAUGACACAAUAUAUCAAUCGUAAAUAUAAUCAAAGCAGUACUACCACUAAAAAUAGCAACAACAACAGUAAUACCAAUACCAAUAAUAGUGUAAACAAUACCUUUACAAACAAUAGUAACAAUAACAACAAUAUCUACAAUAAUCGUAAUAACAUUAUAAGUAGAUCGAUAUCUGUUAAUGAAGGUUUGAAAAUCACACCUAAUGGAUUAGGACAAGUUAUUCCACAGUAUAUUGAGCAAAAAAGUUCAGACCCUAAAGCUGUAGAAGACAACGAUGCCUCUGUUGCAUUUAGUAAACUGAUUUCUAAAAAAAGAACAGAUAUAAAUACCUCUCCAAAACCUUUAAUUCCGCCACCUAUUUCAGGUAUUGAUAACACGGUCUCAAGUACAAACAACAUGAGUGGAAUAACCAUAUCUAAACCUCAUAGUCAAAGAACCGCGAGUGUCACAUCUCUUCCCUCAAACAAUUCAAGAUAUUCACCACUACGAACACAAUCUCCUGCAAGGCCUAGAUCGUCCACAAGGGGUUCCUCAAUGCAUCGGCUAUCUCGUGAUGUUAGUACAAUAUAUAGUCCCAACACUCUAUCACAUGAUGUUAACCCAUUACUAGAAACUGAUACAUUUCUGGAUUCUCAAUUCCCUACUGCCAGUAAUACUCUAAACAGUGUCUCAAAACGUGUGUCUGUUUUAUCUUCAGGUAGUUCGACAAAUGCCAACAAAAUAGGUCAUAGAAGAAAACAGGAGUCAAUAUCAGAUAAUUAUAAAUUUAUUUCCACUUUUAGUAACGGAACUUAUAGUCGUAGCACAUCCACAACAUCAGUCACCACACCAAACACCACUUUAAAUACAAAUUCUCAAACUGCCAUGACUUCAUCAGGUUUGUUAUUGACACCACCAUAUGUAACUCCCUCAUUGACACAACCACCAAAUUCCUUAUCUACAGUGUCUACACCUAGUGGUAUUGAAUUGUAUAACCUAAAUGCUAUUAAUAGUUCUUCAAGGCAAACAGCUUAUACCAACCAUUUUCAACAGGGGAAACAAUCAAAUGAUAUCAGUGAUGCAUUAACAGAUUUUGCUGAAUCAUUACCAUUGGUUAAGACACUAUCAAAAGAACCAACAAACGCCAAUAUGAACAAUAAUAUGAAUUUACUAAAUUCUUCCAACAAUAACGAACCAAAUUUUGUUUCUAAAAAUAAUUACAACGGUACCUACAAAACCACGGAUAAUAAUGAGAAUUUUCAUAAUGAUAGAGAGAAUGGAGAAUCUUCAAAUGUAUCGAGAACUGAUGCAUUUUCCUAUUUUACUGAUAGUAACGCUAAUAGUAGUGGUGCAGAAUCUGUUAUGGCCAAUAUAUUAUCUACUACUUCCACAACCACUACCAAUUCCAUACCUCAGAAUUUUCUUAUCAAUGACAACAAGACUACUGCUCAUCUACUUUCCAGAGAUAUAUGCAAUAACAAUUUAUUCCAUACGAUUAAUAAUCUAAAUGAAGAUCAUAAUUACAAACAUAAUAAUAUUAAAGAAUCUAUGGCAGAAUCAAUCAGCACCAAUAAUAAUAAUAAUAAUAAUAAUAAUAAUAAUAAUAGUGGCAGUGCUAGUCAUCAUAAUUUUAAUGAGACGGGAAUAAAUGAUGAACAAUUAUUAGAACAACUGUAUCUUGAAUUUAAUUUUGAAAAUCCAGAUGCUUUCUUACAAGAACAUGAUAAAGAUAAUUCAAUAAAUAAAAACAAGGAUAAAAACCUUAGUAUGACAAAAGAUCCUAACCAAGAUGUGAAAAUCCAAGCUAUGAACCAUAAUGGCAAUGAACAAAUAUUUAUACACCAAAUGGAUUCCACAGCAACGUCAGUUGAGAAUUUUUCUACAACUUCUGUUUCUUCUACUGUACUUAAAGCACCAAACAAUAACACUAGUACAAAUAGUGUCACAAACCUCACAAUAAACAACGAUCUCAACGCUACAUCAUUACUUGUAUCUCCAAACCAUAACAACAAAAACAUAAAUUUAGUGCAUGACGAGUCAAAUAUUCAAAACUCCCAAUUAUAUGAGAACAAUUUGAUUGCUAAUGAAUUUAAUGAUUUAAUUCCAAUGACUAACAAUUUUGGUAAUGAUAAUAUGAAUGAUUUUAAUAGUUUGCCUAUGAAUCACCAAGAUAUUGAUAGAUUGACCAAUUAUUUUUUUGAUAAUAUGCAAAAUAGAACCACUUGA